UCUCUGUCCUGGAAGAACCCAGCAUCUCUCCCCAACACCCUGGCUGCUGGCUGCUCACCAAGGCUUUGCCCCCUGUCCUUUGGAGAAGGAGUGGAGUUUGACCCCUUACCACCGAAAGAAGUAAGGUACACUUCUUCAGUCAGGUACGACUCUGAGCGCCACUUCAUCGAUGACGUGCAGCUGCCCCUGGGCCUGGCAGUGGCCUCCUGCAGCCAGACGGUCAUCUGCAUUCCUAAUUGCACAUGGCGCAACUACAAAGCUGAGGUGCGCUUUGAGCCCCGCCACAAGCCCGCACGCUUCCUCAGCACCACCAUCGUCUACCCCAAGUACCCCAAGACCAUCUACACCACCACCCUGGAUUACAACUGCCACAAGAAGCUGAGGAGGUUUCUGUCCAGCGUGGAGCUUGAGGCCACCGAGUUCCUGGGCAGCGACUGCUUCUCAGAUGAAUGCUGACUUGAGCAAGCUGGUUGGGGUUGGGCCAGCUGUUGGCUCUUUGUCCUGGUCCCCAGACCACCCAUGUAGGCCUUGCCCGACAUUCCAGCCCUAGAGGAGUGAGUCUAACCUGGAGAUGCCUCUGAGCCCAGUUUGGGGGUAAAAAUCACUGCAUCUUAGAAUUAUUGAGAUACUUGGUUUUGUUUUUAAAUUUUCAAAUUAUCUUCAAAGGGAGCAUUUUUCCUGGUUUGCUGCUGCAGAGUUUCCCCCAAAGUCUCCGUCUGACAAGAAAACAAAAAGAUGACUAGAGCAAAAGGAGAAUGGCAACAAAUGGGACGAGGGAGCACGCUGCAGAUGAUCUCUCUGCACUCGUCCUGUGUGUGAAGAAUGCAUGGAAAAGUCCUUGUGGUGGGAAAAGUGGGUUGUAAGAAAUUUCAGCCACAGAAGUCUUCACUGCUACAAGAGUAGAGCUAAGUCAGUAAAUUGUGACACCCAUAUGUGUUCAAUCUGUGGAGAGUUGAGUUCCAUUCCAUUUUUAUUUCUACUUCCAUUUGUAUUUCCUGUUAACUAAAACUCUUGGAAUCCUCUAGAUCUUUUUCAUGAUAGCAAGAAAACCCAAACCACAAUACAAGAAGCCUUUGGGGAAAAAAAUAAAGGCUCCCUGUGUUGCUGCCUGCUUCAGCUGGUCAAGUGGACCUAUGGUCCUGUUUGGGAGCAGUGGCUUCCGUCUGUUCCCCAGCAGGUGGGUUCCAGGCCCGGGCUCUGGCUCAGCCCUUGCACAUUUGGCAUCUGGUUAAUGUCUCUGUAGGCUUGUGUAAAUCUCUUGAUAGGUAUUUUGGGUUUUCAAAAUACUUUCCUAUUUUUUCAUGAGGCAGAAUGUAGCGGAGGGCUCUUUUGAAAGAAACGGCAUUUUAAAAAAAAUGUCUUGGAAAAAUACUUUUUGGGACUCUUGUCAGGGAGGUUUCUACUCUGAACAGCCAUACCUAAGACCCAGUGCCCUCAGAAAGAGGGAAUGUAGAAAUUUCUGGUGCUCCAGUCAUUGUGAUUAAGUAUCUGGAUGGACUCGUUUUUAGGACUUCGGUGGUGUUAAAAUUAUAGAAGAAUUGGAUCUAAUCCAAAGUCCAAAAAGCAAGGAUUCUUCUCUCCAACGCCCCCCUCCAAAGUUAGGCUGAGUUCAGAGUAGGGAAUAAUGGUAUAAUUUGGCCACUGUGGCAGUGAUGGACAUUUCUUUUAUGACCAUUGUGGCACCACAUGUGAACUAAAGAUGUUCCUGGGGCACCUGUGUGAGUGCAGCUGAACUAGUGGCAGCAGCAAUAGAUACACCACUGCUGGGCAGGCGCGGACCAGCCUGCUCCCUGCUCACCACCUCCCACCAGCCCCAGCCCCAGCCCCAGCCCUUGCUCCUUAGGACCUCGUGGCAAUCCCUGUGGUGCUUGGGUAAGGAAGUGACAGGUGGACUUUUUUCCAAUAUCAGAACAAACCAUACAUAUUUCUCUUGAAUACAUCUAAAUGAUGUCAAGUGGGUUACAGAGGGUCAUAAGUCCACCCUCCUGCUUUAUCCAGGUUUCUGUGGAUGACUCCCAUCUGCCCUGAAAUCAGAAUUGAAAGUUCUGUGGGUCCCCUGGAGCCAUAGCAGAGGCUUUUGUUAUGAUGAAAUCAGGUGCAAUCAUAUGGCUCUAAUAGAGGCCUGUCUGGUGUGUCUGGGGACAACAGUGUUGUGUUCCUAACAGACAGGACACAGUCUCUUUGUAUGUAGCUGGGUGUGGUAGGGUGCAUCUCAGCAGGCACCCAGCAAGAGGGACGCCCUCGGACCCUGACGUCUCCUGGGUUGUGGACAGAGCAACGAGUGCCUUUGGAAGAGCAAAUUGCACAGGGUAUAUUCGUAAAAGUAGAUUUUUCUAUUUGAUUUCCUAAUGUUGUCAUUAAGUAGUUAAUGUACUUUUUAAAUCGCUUUAGGAGAAUUCCAGAGGUGUUCAUUGCUCUAUCCCAGUGGAGAGGAGCACUUGGAUGAGCUCAGGACCUCACUGUGGGCCGUGUGGCAGGAGAGAGAAUGUGGUCUCUGAGCACAGUAGCAUUCGAGGUGUCCUUGGGAGUUUUGGCAGUUUUGUUUUAUUUUGAAUUUUUGUCUUAGAGGGAUUAUGUUAAAGUUCAGGCAAAUUGUUCUAGGUGUGGAAAAAACCUGAACUCUUACCAGUAAAGUAAGUAGAAGUGGGUGAUGGUGGAUGUGUCACGCAAAUGGAGAAGCAGGUUUUAUUCUGUUAAGUUAUUCACUAGGGAAGCCGCUGGAGUUCUUUCUAAUCAUCUUUUUCUCCAAAUCUGCUUUGCUGAGAGUUGUGGAAACAGAAGAUGUGGAGGAUGUGGAGGUAAUGGGACACUCUGUGAGGAUGAGAUGUCCUCGGUGAUAAUGAAUUCACAUUAGUUUACAGGGUGGAAGUGGUGAAUUUGAAAACUCACUGAUCCAAAACAAACAUUCCCACUUGUGUGUGAGAGAUACAGUUUAUUUGUUAAUUAAAAUGUUAUUUUUUUCUUGGUCUCUUAAAUUAUGCCUUUCAUUAAUAAGGAUGAUUUGUAUUUUCAGAGAAAAACUGUUUCCUUUCAAAUCACAAACUUUUACAAAUACUUUAAUUUGAAUGAAUAUCUUUUCCUUUGACAUUUUUCUUGCUUCUAACCUUAGGAAAUCCGCAAUAGUGUGUCUUAAAUUUAUCUUUUGACAUCU